GCCCCUCUGCUGGCCUCAGGAGCAGUCCCAAGGUGAAGCACAUACAUCUCUCUCUCUCUCUCUUGAUCUUUCCUGCAAAUCUCUAAAGAGAAGAUAUAUUUUCACCAUGGCUGCAAUUUUUCAACACCGUUCUGUCUCUCUCAAGGUCGUUUGCCAGGUGAAGUCCUAUAUUUCUUCUUCUUCCACACCUCCAUCAAUCGUUGGUUUCAAGUUCUCAGAUGCUUUCCAACACUUGAAAUCUCGAGUAUUUGGUCAUUCCAUCACUGCUGCAGAGGCAAAAGCAGGCCGGAUCGUUGCUUCGCCCUCCAGCACCUUCACCACAAAAGCCACGGAUUCCUUCUCCGACAGGCCAAGCGCUGUUCAGGAGAUGCAUGUUUAUGAGAUCAACGAGUUGGACAGAGGGAGCCCUGCUUACCUCCCUCUAAGCCAGAAACCCAUAAAUUCUCUCGGAGAUCUCGUCCCCUUCUCAAACAAGUUGUAUCAUGGGAAUUUGAAGAAGAGAGCAGGGAUCACGGCAGGGAUAUGCGUGCUGAUCAAACAUGUGCCUGAGAAAAAGGGGGAUCGCUAUGAGGCCAUCUUCAGUUUCUACUUUGGCGACUAUGGACACAUCUCCGUACAGGGAGAGUACUUGACAUACCAGGACACUUAUUUGGCGGUGACCGGCGGGUCGGGAGUGUUUACGGGAGUUUACGGAAAGGUGAAGCUUCAACAGCUGGUCUUCCCAUUCAAACUCUUUUACACAUUUUAUCUGCAAGGGAUCGGAGAGCUGCCGGCGGAGCUGCUCGGAGAACCGGUGCCGCCGAACCCUGACGUCGAACCCUCCCCCGCUGCCAAAGCCGCAGAGCCCCAUGCUUGCAUUCCUAACUACCAUGAUUGAAACCUCUCUCUCAACAAAUUGCUUACUUGAGUAAUUGUUUUUUUGCGCUACCACUCUCUUUUCUCUCAAAAAUCUUUUCCUUUUUUUUACUUAGGAUUUGUAGUUGAGAUGUAGUGCUUCAGCAGUAAACUCAGACUCACCAUGUCUAUCCUUUAAAUAAAAUAAUUUUAAUUUUGUGACUUUGUUU